AUGGACUACUGGAUUAAUUCAUCGUCGCUUCAAAAAGGCCUUUUGGAACGCCGGAAAGUCGUGGACGAUCAGACGUUUUUGCGCACUGAAGAAUCACGACCUGAAGCAAUUCUCAUUGGUAUCCAUUGUCGUCUUCCGAAUGCCAAGCAUAAAGCCGAUAAAAGUGGCGAUGAACCGCUUCAACUAACGAGGAAUGCAAAGAUCAAGCAUAUUUUUUAUCGUUCAACAUUUGAAUUCAGGUUUCGCAAUUUUAGUGAAGCAGCUGAAAUCUCUUGUCAAACAUGUAUGAACAAAGAACUUCUAUUCAGUUGUGUACCGGCGGAUAGAACACCGACAAAAUGUCAACCUUUUUCAGAACUUCUAUUCAGUUGUGUACCGGCGGAUAGAACACCGACAAAAUGUCAACCUAAAGCUGCUUUAUCAAGUGAUAUUUUGUCCAUUUUAACGAUUGUUCUCGACGAAUACAAAGCAAUUUAUUGA